ACCAAAGAACCCAAACUCUCUCGUUUUCUCUGUGAGGAAGAAGAAGAAAAUGGGAACACUAGAUAUAGAAUCAUACCCAAAACCACAGAAAGAAGAAGGUGUAGAUGAAGAUGAAUUAUCACCAAUUGAAGAAGUUAGAUUAACAGUAACAAACACAGAUGAUCAUACACUACCAGUAUGGACAUUCAGAAUGUGGUUCUUAGGAAUCCUUUCAUGCGGUUUACUAUCAUUUCUCAAUCAAUUCUUUGCUUAUAGAACUGAACCAUUAGUUAUAACCCAAAUUACAGUUCAAGUUGCUACACUACCAAUUGGUCAUUUCAUGGCUAGGAUAUUACCAGAGACUAAAUUUCAUAUACCUGGUUUUGGUUCUAGAGAUUUCUCAUUGAAUCCUGGUCCGUUUAAUAUGAAAGAACAUGUUUUGAUUUCGAUAUUUGCUAAUGCUGGAAGUGCUUUUGGGAGUGGUUCUGCUUAUGCUGUUAGCAUUGUUAAUAUCAUCAAAGCUUUUUAUCACAGGAAUAUCUCUUUUCUUGCUGGUUGGUUGCUCAUUAUCACUACCCAGGUUCUAGGAUAUGGCUGGGCAGGGUUACUAAGGAAAUAUGUGGUGGAGCCUGCUCACAUGUGGUGGCCCAGUACCUUAGUUCAGGUCUCCCUUUUCCGGGCACUACAUGAAAAAGAUGAGGGAAGAACAUCAAGAGCAAAGUUCUUUGUGAUUGCACUAGUUUGCAGCUUUAUGUGGUACAUAGUUCCUGGUUACCUGUUUACAACUCUGACGAGCAUCUCAUGGGUGUGUUGGACAUUCUCAAAAUCAGUCACUGCACAACAGCUUGGUUCUGGCAUGAGAGGUUUAGGACUUGGGGCAUUUUCGUUUGACUGGUCUACCGUGGCUUCCUUCCUGUUUAGUCCUCUGAUAUGUCCUUUCUUUGCAAUCAUGAACGUUUUCGCCGGUUAUGUUAUGAUCAUCUAUAUUGCGAUCCCAUGUGCCUACUGGGGUUUGAAUUUGUACAACGCCAAGACAUUCCCUAUAUUCUCUUCACAUUUGUUCACUGCUAAGGGAGAGAUUUACAACAUAUCGGCUAUUGUGAACAACAAGUUCGAGAUUGAUAUGCCCAAGUACCAAGAACAAGGCCAUAUUAAUUUGAGCAUGUUUUUUGCACUCACUUACGGGUUCGGAUUCGCCACCAUUGCUUCAACCCUUACCCAUGUAGGCUUCUUCUAUGGAAGGGAGAUCUAUGAACGGUUUAGAUUAUCAUACAAAGGCAAAAUGGAUAUCCACACAAGGUUGAUGAAAAGGUACCCAGAAGUGCCAAACUGGUGGUUUCAUGUCCUCCUCGCCGCAACAGUUGUUGUUUCUCUUUUAUUAUGCACGGUCCUGAAAGAUCAGGUGCAAAUGCCAUGGUGGGGCCUUGUUUUCUCCUGUGCCCUUGCAUUCAUUUUCACUCUUCCCAUCAGCAUUAUAACUGCAACCACAAACCAGACACCGGGACUAAAUAUCAUAACAGAAUACGUAAUGGGUAUAAUCUUACCUGGAAAACCAAUUGCGAACGUCUGCUUUAAAACGUACGGGUAUAUGAGUAUGGCUCAGGCUGUUUCUUUCUUAAAUGAUUUCAAGCUGGGCCAUUACAUGAAAAUCCCACCAAGAUCAAUGUUCCUUGUUCAGUUCAUAGGAACCAUCAUAGCUGGAACAAUCAACAUUGGAGUUGCAUGGUGGCUACUGACUUCUAUAGAGAACAUAUGCCAAGAUGAUCUCCUACCACCAAAUAGUCCGUGGACAUGUCCAGGCGACCGAGUUUUCUUCGAUGCGUCUGUCAUUUGGGGUCUAGUCGGACCAAGGCGCAUUUUUGGUCCUCUUGGCAACUAUCCAGCUCUGAACUGGUUCUUCCUUGGUGGUGCAGUUGGGCCAAUUUUGGUUUGGUUCCUCCACAAAGCUUUCCCUAAGCAAUCAUGGAUUCCCUUGAUUAACCUUCCGGUGCUUUUAGGAGCAACAGCUUCAAUGCCACCUGCAACAACUGUGAACUACAAUUCUUGGAUUCUGGUCGGAACGAUUUUCAACUUUUUCGUGUUUAGAUACAGAAAGCAAUGGUGGCAGAGGUAUAAUUAUGUUCUUUCGGCUGCGCUUGAUGCUGGAGUUGCUUUCAUGGCUGUUUUAUUGUACUUCUCAGUAAGCAUGGAGAACAGAAACUUGGAUUGGUGGGGUACAAGAGGUGAGCAUUGCGAUUUAGCAAGAUGUCCAACCGCCAAAGGUGUCAUUGUUGAUGGUUGCCCUGUUUAUUGAUUUCUCAAAUAACUAUCAAUUGUUCAUAGUUAUCGAUAGAUGCAGUAUAAUAAUAUCUUCAAUUGGGUUUUCAUUGUUAAUCUUCAUUGAAAUCUUAUGAAUCUAUUAAGCAAUAUAAAGUGUGGAUUUCACUUUACCAGUUCACUACAA